GCGACGCGGAGAGGCGAGAGGCGCGCGGCUCCGGCCAGCCAGCUCCGUCGCUGGCGUUAGCGCUGCGGUGGUGGCGGAGGAGGACGGCGACAAGGACCAGGACCACCCUGCACGUUCCCUGCGUGCGGCGCUGCUCUGCCUCGCUAGCUGGCCUUCGGGAGUGCAGGCGGAGAGACGGGAUGGAGUGAUAGUGAAGAUAUGUGUGGAUUUUUUGGUGGGAUCAGCGGGCAUACCUAUUAUAAUCAGAAAAGUCCAAGUAUAGCAGCAGGGAUGGAUGAACAGGCUCUUUUAGGGCUAAAUCCAAAUGCUGACUCAGACUUCAGACAAAGGGCUCUGGCCUAUUUUGAACAGUUAAAAAUUUCCCCAGAUGCCUGGCAGGUGUGUGCAGAAGCCUUGGCCCAGAGAACAUACAGUGAUGAUCACAUUAAGUUUUUCUGCUUUCAAGUACUGGAACAUCAAGUUAAAUACAAAUAUUCAGAACUAAGUACUGUUCAACAGCAGCUAAUUAGGGAGACGCUUAUAUCUUGGCUACAAGCUCAGAUGCUGAAUCCCCACGCAGAGAAGACCUUUAUACGAAAUAAGGCUGCCCAAGUCUUUGCCUUGCUUUUUGUAACCGAAUAUCUAACUAAAUGGCCCAAGUUUUUUUUUGACCUUCUCUCAGUAGUGAACCUAAACCCAAGGGGAGUAGAUCUAUACCUUCGAAUCCUCAUGGCUAUUGAUUCAGAGUUGGUGGAUCGAGAUGUGGUGCAUACGUCAGAGGAGGCUCGUAGGAAUACUCUAAUAAAAGAUACCAUGAGGGAACAGUGCAUUCCAAACCUGGUGGAAUCAUGGUACCAAAUCUUGCAGAAUUAUCAGUAUACUAAUUCAGAAGUGACAUGUCAGUGCCUUGAAGUAGUUGGGGCUUAUGUCUCUUGGAUAGACUUGUCCCUUAUAGCGAAUGAUAGGUUUAUAAAUAUGCUGCUAGGUCAUAUGUCAAUAGAAGUUCUACGAGAAGAAGCAUGUGACUGUUUGUUUGAAAUUGUAAAUAAAGGAAUGGAUCCUGUUGAUAAAAUGAAGCUAGUAGAAUCGUUAUGUCAAGUAUUACAGGCUGCUGGGUUUUUCAGCAUUGACCAGGAAGAAGAUGUUGACUUCCUAGCCAGAUUUUCUAAGUUGGUAAAUGGAAUGGGGCAGUCAUUGAUAGUUAGCUGGACUAAAUUAAUUAAGAAUGGGGAUAUUAAGAAUGCUCAGGAUGCACUCCAAGCUGUUGAGACCAAAGUGGCUCUGAUGUUGCAGCUCUUAAUUCAUGAAGAUGAUGACAUCUCCUCUAACAUCAUUGGAUUUUGUUAUGAUUACCUUCAUAUUUUGAAACAGCUUGCAGUGCUCUCGGAUCAGCAGAAAGCUAAUGUAGAGGCAAUCAUGUUGGCCGUCAUGAAAAAAUUGACUUACGAUGAGGAAUACAAUUUUGAAAAUGAGGGUGAAGAUGAAGCCAUGUUUGUAGAAUAUAGAAAGCAACUGAAGUUAUUGUUGGAUAGGCUUGCUCAAGUCUCACCAGAGUUACUACUGGCUUCUGUUCGCAGAGUAUUUAGUUCUACACUGCAGAAUUGGCAGACUACACGGUUUAUGGAAGUUGAAGUCGUAAUAAGAUUGCUGUAUAUGUUGGCAGAAGCUCUUCCACUAUCUCAUGGUGCCCACUUCUCAGGUGAUGUUUCCAAAGCUAGUGCUUUGCAGGAUAUGAUGCGAACUUUGGUAACAUCAGGAGUUAGUUCCUAUCAGCACACAUCUGUGACAUUGGAGUUCUUUGAAACUGUUGUUAGAUAUGAAAAGUUUUUCACUGUUGAACCUCAGCACAUUCCAUGUGUACUCAUGGCUUUCUUGGACCACAGAGGUCUGCGGCAUUCUAAUGCAAAAGUACGGAGCAGAACAGCCUACUUGUUUUCUAGAUUUGUCAAAUCUCUCAAUAAACAAAUGAAUCCUUUCAUUGAAGAUAUUUUAAAUAGAAUACAAGACUUACUAGAACUUUCUCCACCUGAGAAUGGUUACCAGUCCUUCUUGAGCAGUGAUGAUCAGUUGUUUAUCUAUGAGACAGCUGGAGUGCUGAUUGUCAACAGUGAAUAUCCAGCAGAAAGGAAACAAGCAUUAAUGAGGAAUCUGUUGACUCCACUGAUGGAGAAGUUUAAGAUCCUAUUAGAAAAACUGAUGCUGGCACAAGAUGAAGAAAGGCAGGCGUCUCUAGCGGACUGUCUAAACCAUGCUGUUGGAUUUGCCAGUCGAACCAGUAAAGCUUUCAGCAACAAGCAGACUGUGAAACAAUGUGGCUGUUCCGAAGUUUACCUGGACUGCUUACAGACAUUCUUGCCAGCCCUCAGUUGUCCCUUACAAAAGGAUCUUCUCAGAAGUGGAGUGCGCACUUUCCUUCAUCGGAUGAUUAUUUGCCUAGAGGAAGAAGUUCUUCCAUUCAUCCCAUCUGCCUCAGAACACAUGCUCAAAGACUGUGAAGCAAAAGACCUCCAGGAGUUUAUUCCUCUCAUCAACCAAAUUACAGCCAAAUUUAAGAUACAGGUAUCUCCGUUUUUACAACAAAUGUUCAUGCCUCUGCUUCAUGCAAUUUUUGAGGUAUUGCUCCGACCAGCAGAAGAAAACGACCAGUCUGCUGCUUUGGAGAAACAAAUGUUGAGGAGGAGUUACUUUGCUUUCCUGCAAACUGUUACAGGCAGCGGAAUGAGUGAGGUCAUAGCAAAUCAAGGUGCAGAGAAUGUAGAACGUGUGUUGGUUACUGUUAUUCAAGGGGCGGUUGAAUACCCAGAUCCAAUUGCACAGAAAACAUGUUUUAUCAUCCUCUCAAAGUUGGUAGAACUCUGGGGAGGUAAAGAUGGACCAGUGGGAUUCGCUGACUUCGUUUAUAAGCACAUUGUCCCUGCAUGUUUCCUCGCACCUUUAAAGCAAACCUUUGACUUGGCAGAUGCACAGACAGUAUUGGCUUUAUCUGAGUGUGCAGUGACACUGAAAACAAUUCAUCUCAAACGGGGACCAGAAUGUGUUCAGUAUCUUCAACAAGAAUACCUGCCCUCGCUGCAGGUAGCACCAGAAAUAAUUCAGGAGUUUUGUCAAGCGCUUCAGCAACCUGAUGCUAAAGUUUUUAAAAAUUAUUUAAAGGUGUUCUUCCAGAGAGCGAAGCCCUAAAACCUGGAUCUUCCUGUGCCUACUUCAUGAUCAAGAAUUCCAGUUAAUGAUUUUUGUGUGCCAUUCAUUCUGAUCUUUUUUAACAUUGUUUUAUGCUUACUGUAAUUUAUGUACUGGAAUUUUUCUGUAUAAUGGGUAUAAUUUGUCCCAAGUGCAGGCAUGUGAUGACAAGAAAAGUUACUUGCAUGCCAACUCUAAAUGUUCUAUAUAAAAAUGCUGUUGAAAUUAUAACAGCAAAGUUAUCCUAAUACCUUAAUUUUUUUAAAUUUGAAACCUUAAGUCCUUUGUAAAGACCAUACCAGUGG